GCAGCACCACAGAAGAAGAAACGUCAUUCGAAAUGAAUUGAACCUGUCUUUUACUCGUGUGUACAUAGACAUCGCACAUUUUUAAAUUACACUGUAUUUCUGUAAUUAUCCUUCAUAGUAGUUGGUAAGAGAAAUAAUGUCGGGGAUUCCUCCAGAUACGUGGCAGCCGCAAACAGUGGCUUUGGAAACGACGAUGGGGACGAUUUCGGUGGAGCUCUACUGGAAACACGCACCAAAGACCUGCAAGAACUUUGCUGAGCUGGCCAGGAGAGGUUACUAUAACAACACAAAGUUUCACAGGAUAAUUAAAGAUUUCAUGGUACAGGGAGGAGACCCCACAGGCACAGGUCGAGGUGGUGCCUCCAUAUUUGGUAAACAGUUUGAGGAUGAACUGAAUCCAGAGCUCAAAUUUACAGGUGCUGGUAUUCUGGCAAUGGCCAAUGCAGGACCAGACACGAAUGGAAGCCAGUUUUUUCUUACUCUUGCACCGACUCAGUGGUUGGAUGGAAAACACAGCAUUUUUGGAAGAGUUUGUCAGGGGUUGGGGGUGCUGAACCGGAUCGGGAUGGUGGAGACAAAUUCUCAAGACAGACCAGCUGAUGACAUCAAAAUUAUCAGAGCUAAUGUGCCUAAUUAAAAAAAAAAGUAGCAAUCACUUUUUUUUGUACUUUUU